AUGAGGCUUUUCGCUCUGUUCCUGUCUCUGGCUGCUGUGCUCUCAUGCGCUGCAGCCCAGGGCGAUGCCACAGCAGCUGUGAGCCUGCUGCCGACUUGCGCGAAGCUCAUUAUGUGCCAGCAAUCAUGUCUCUUCACGGCAGUUCUCGGCUCCUCAUGUGCGCCAACCAACCAGACGUGCAUCUGCACGAAUGCUCCUUUGCAGGCCGAAGUUGAAGUCUGUGUCUUACAGAACUGCACCCUCAGGAACGCCCUCACAACCAAGAACAUCACUCAGACGACAUGUGGCGCUGUCCCGAGAGACCGCACGGCCAUGUACAACACCAUUUCCAUCACGAUGGGCUCGCUGUCUGGCGCUUUCGUUAUAAUCCGCCUGGUGCACAAGGUGUUCGCGACAAUGGGCAACCUCGGCAUGGACGAUUGGUUUAUCCUCACCACCCUUGGCUCUGGAAUCCCCGGUACUGUUAUCAACACACACGGAUUCGCCACCAAUGGCCUUGGCAAGGACGUUUGGACCGUUCCUUUCGACAGGAUCACCGACUUUGGAUACUGGUUCUUCGUUAUGGAGCCAAUGUAUUUCGGCCAGGUGACGCUGCUGAAGAUGUCUCUUCUGUUCUUCUACAUGCGCAUCUUCUCGCACAACAGCAGCGUCAAGAAGCUAAUUUGGGGCACCAUCGCAUUCAACGCCGUCUUUGGUGUUACAUUUAUUUUCGUCGCCGUUUUCCAGUGCACUCCGAUCAGCUUUUAUUGGACCAAGUGGGAUUUGGAACACCAAGGAACGUGCCUUGAUAUCAACGCCAUAGCCUGGGCGCACGCUGGCAUUAGCAUCGUCUUGGACUUUUGGAUGCUCGCGCUCCCUCUGUCCCAGAUUAAGAGCUUGAACCUCCACUGGAAGAAGAAGAUUGGUGUGGCAAUGAUGUUCUUUGUUGGUACCUUCGUGACCGUUGUUAGUAUCCUUCGUCUUCAAUCUCUGGUUCAGUUCGCCAAAUCCCAGAACCCAACUUGGGACCAGUUCGACGUAGCAACGUGGUCCACCGUUGAGAUCAACGUCGGCAUCAUCUGCGCCUGCAUGCCCUCAAUACGCGUCAUCCUUGUUAGUUUCUUCCCUAAGAUCAUGGGUAGCACUCGCAACGGAACUUCCAACGCAGCCAAGUACUACAUCCAGUCGAGUGGCAACGGCCGCAGUCGAAAUCGCACCCUGGGCAACGAGGCCAAGAUCAAAACCAUGGACCGCGAAUCAGGAUCCUCGAGCGGCAGUCCCAACGGCAUCAUGUACACCAAGGAGUACGCUGUGGAUUACCACGACGAGACAAGUUUAGUGCAUAUGCGGGAGUUGGAGGCUGGGAGCUCAAAGACCGGGCGGAGCGGCUCCCCUUUCUGA